AUGGCUGGACACGCAUCCGCAGCCCCGUCGCUGACCGUCUUUGAGGAGAAGGACGAGGAGAGCGAGGAUGGCGCGGCUCGAGCUGAGCAGCAGCGACCGGCAUCCGUCCCAUCUGCUGCUGCUGCGACUCAGUCUCAAUCGAUCAGCAGUGACGAUGCAGCAGCAGCAGCAGCAGCGGUGGGCAGCUUGCUCGCCUCGCCAACAGCCAGCAGCAGGAGACGCAAAGCAACCGUCUCGUUCAGCGACAAUCCAAUCACAGAGCCAACAACCGCCUCAGCAUCAGCACCAGCAUCAGCACCAACAGGAACAACAGCAGGAACAGCAUCGCGACGGCGGCGGAGGACGACAAGCAAGUCGCAGCUGCAGGAAGAGGACGAAGAGGCGAUUGCCGCUGCAGAGAGCAUUGAGCAGGCCGCCAUCGCUGCACGAGCAUCGACAUCGACAUCGACAUCGACAUCGACACCAGCGUCGGCUGCAUCGUCUGCAUCGUCUGCUGGAGUUGGUGCAGCAGCAGCAGCAGCAGCAGUCAUGUCGGGUAGCCCAGUCGCUGCUGCAGCUGCUGCCGGCUCUUCCCCUUCGUCUGCGUCCGGCUCGCCCGUCCUCGCAUCAGCUGGGUCUGGAGCCAGCUUGCUUGCGUCUCUGGGAGGGACUGCUGCCAGUGCUGCACCGUCAGGCGCUGCCGAGCCCGAGCCGACCGCUCCGUCUGCCACCGCUCCUGCUGCUGCUGCUGCUGCUGCUGUGCCUCCGUCCGCACUGGCAUCGGCAUCCCGUGGAGCGAAUAUCACACUGGCAUCCACGGGCGACGCUCACCAGCGGCCGACGCGGGACCGGAGCUCCUCCAUUGCUCCACUGCAUCCUCCAUCCUCGAUGACUGCCCAAGCAUCAGCAGCGGGCCCUUCGUCGUCCACGCCGUCUCCAUCAUCCUCCAACUUGGCGUCUCCAACGAUGGCCUCGCUGCUGGCGGCACAGUCGCCCAUCAGCAGCAGCGUCAACGCCGAGGCAGUCGCCAAAAUUGCCAAGGUCAACAGCUCGCGCCCGUACUCUGCCGGUGGUGGAGCAAACACUGCCAGUAAUAGUAGUAGUGGUGGUAGUAGUAGUAGUAGUAGUAGUAGUGGCGGCGGCGGUGUCGGGGCGGCUGCCGGUGGAAUGAUGGGCUCGACCGGUGCUGCUCAAGGCGUCGCUGGCGGAACGGGCGUUCCGGGCAUGCGGCCGCUGGGAUCGAGCUCGGGCGAGUUUGUCGGAUUGUAUGACUUUAAGGAAACGCUCGGACGUGGCCAUUUUGCCGUUGUCAAGCUGGCCGAGCACGUGUUCACGGGCGAGCAGGUCGCGGUCAAGAUUAUCGACAAGACAAAGCUCGACGACGUUGCCAAACGCCAUCUCUUCCAGGAAGUGCGGUGCAUGAAAAUCCUCAAUCACCCCCACGUCAUUCGCCUGUUUGAGGUCAUGGACACGGCAGCCAAACUGUACAUUAUCAUGGAAUGGGGCGCCGGCGGCGACCUCUACGAAACAAUCACGCGCAACGGCAAGCUCGAGGAGGACGUGGCCAGGUCGUACUUUCGUCAGAUUCUGUCGGCCAUCGAGUUUUGUCACUCGCUGCACAUUGUGCAUCGCGAUCUCAAGCCCGAAAACAUUCUCUUUAGCGGCGGCUCCAUCAAAAUCACCGACUUUGGGUUUUCCAACUCGUACGAGCAAGGGCAAAAGCUGCAAACCGCGUGCGGCUCGCUCGCAUACUCUCCUCCCGAAGUGCUUCUUGGCGACGAGUAUGACGGUCCAGCUGUGGAUAUCUGGAGCCUCGGAGUCAUAUUGUACAUGAUGGUGUGCGGAUCUCUGCCCUUUCAAGAAGCGGGCGCCUCGGAAACGAUCGUGCACAUUAUGGAAGGACGAUUUACCAUCCCCGCUCACGUGUCCAGCGAGUGCGCAGACCUCAUUCGAGGCAUGUUGAUUGUCGAACCCACGAAGCGCAUGUCACUGAGCGUGAUCAAGCAAACAGCGUGGAUUACUGCUGCUGACGACACCCCCAUUGAGGUCAAGGAACCCGUCUUUGACAUUGCCAACUUGCCUCCGCACGAGCAGGAGCUCGUCUUCCAGCGCCUCAAAGAAAUUGAUAUUGAUCGCGAAACUGUGCUCAAGUCACUUGCGUCCGACGCCUAUGACCACGUCACUGCGACAUUCUACUUGCUCGCGCACCAGCACAUGAAGCGGUUGCAAAAGAAACCGCCGCCCAUGCUGAACAAUUUGAAGCGGAAAAACUCGCUACCCUACCGGCUUCCAUCCACCGACAGUGGAUUGAUUGAGCUGCGAGCCCGCCUCGAGGAGGACGGUGCGGACGACGCGCCUUCGCCCAGAGGACUUGCAUCAGAAAGUGGCAGCUUUGCCCCUCGUCUGAGCGCCCGCAAUUCCAGCGGCGGCCUGUUCGAUUCGCGCAAUCGAAACGCCUCACCCUCAUCCUCGCCGUUCGCGUCCCCGCGAAAGCCAAGCACCCCUGAAUCAGGCGCGCUAGGCUCGCCUGGAUUUUCUCGUGUUCGCUCCCACACUCUGAACUCGUCGUCGCUUGGGCCAUCACCGCUUUCCGGUGGACUGUCGAGCGGUUUGAGCAGCGGCGGGGCUGGUGGCCGACUCGGCGAAGCAACCAAUCUCCCGUCCAUCAGCACAUCGCCGUCCAAGAACGCGAGCCACCUGCUCGCCGGCAAGGGAUUCCUUGGCCAUGCAUCGCCGGACGUACGGCUCGAUGUUUCAGACCACGGAGGCUAUGGCAGUGCGCCGCAGUCUCCAUCCACCCGAGGACCCGUGCAGCCUCUCCCUCAGCCACGGCGCAGCAUGACUCCCGACGCCAUUUUCAAUUUUGAGUUUGACAACCACCAUUCGUCCGAGUCGCCUGCCGCUCCGGCGCCUCUUCAAGCGCCUGCAGUCACAAGUCUGGCCCAGAGCUUGCUGCCACAGCGUCGCGGGUCGCUAACGCUGAUCGGACGUCCGGCAGUCGCUUCCUUCGCCGAGGAAGCCAGUGACGAGGAAGGAGCAGAAGAGGACGCAAAAGAAGACGAGGCGGAAGAAGAGGAAAAGGCAUCGGAAGCCGGCGGCGAUGACGACGAGUCGGAUUCAACGCCGCCGCUGACUUUGGACAGCACGACAAAAUGGCCAACCAGCACGGCGGGGGCGCGCGAAACCGGCACCUUCCGUCGCCAACCGGGCGCUGCUCCGCCUUCAGCGCCAUCGUCUGCCGACACUUCCAUCGAGACUGUCCUCGCCAGCUCUGCCCCAAGCAGCUCGAAAAUGUCGAAUGGGACAUUCCCUCGUAGCACGUCUCUCAGUGGAAUUGUUGCGCUGGCGUCCAGUGAUCAGCCCGGCGCUGCAAAAAUGGCCAGUCCUCAGGAUGAGUCAAGCGCCACCCAGUUCAGUCCCUUGGGUGCGAAUGCCCAAAAGUCGCGCAUGUCCCUCUCAGCGCAACACUUGUCAGCUGCUGUGCAACAGGGUGGCGCCUCGGCGCCGCUCAACAUCAAAGCGACGCGUGUCACACCGCUCAGCUCCUUCAAGGCGUUUGGCGCCAGCAGUGGAAGCGGCCUUGCUUCGCCCAUCUUUGUGCGCCGAGCGUCCAGCGCGUCCAUUAGCUUUGACAACCGACCAUCGCCUGUCGCAACUCCGUCCCCCAAAAGCCCAACACUGACGCCGUCCUUAACUCCGUCAGCGGAUGCGUUCGUGAACGGCUCGCCGCUUUCUGCUGUUGUCAACAAUGCAGAUCCGCCGGCUUCCCCGUCACGCAUCGCCUCCGCCGAGACUGCGGCUGCAAAGUCGCCGUCAACGACAACCUAUGCAGCGUAUGUCGCAGCCCAUGGACGGCCCACCAAUCACAUAUUUACACCCGUGGCAUCGUCAGCCAAGGCGUCGUCAGUGCCGCUAGGCUUGGACCUCUCGGGCACCCCAUCGCCAGCCCCGAUUCUUCAGGCGAGCGUGGGCGUCUCGCCCGCAAGCACACACGCCACAUCGUCCCCCAGCGCCACGGCCCUUUCGUCAGAGUCAACGCUUGAACCGGACUCGAGCCAGUCAGCCCCAAGUCCAGCGCAUUCGGCCUUUAGCAUGCGGCUUGGCGGUGCAGACACCAAGCCGGAAGCUCGGCAGGCGCCGACGCCCAAUCUCGACAUCCCGCUGCUCUCGCAAAGUUCGUUACCGCUGCUGCCCACGCCCGUCCCUGCUUCUGGUGCGGCGGUUGUUCCUGCAAUGUCUUCUUCCGCUGCGGUCGUCGUCCAGGACUCGAAGAACUCGUUCCGACACUCGGAUCCAUUCCCAGACGUGGGCACUGCUGCACCGGCACACGGCACUUUGCCACACCACGCCAACGCAGGCUCGCCUUCCAAUGAAAGCAACACCUCUCACCCGCUGCGAUUGUCCACGACUGUUGCAACGCGACAAUCGAGUCAUGGAAGUGCUGAUAGCGCAAGUAGCCCGUCCACCACUCUCCCUCCUCCCACUCAAAACCACGCACUGGUCGAUCCAUUUGGAAAGCCGAGCACAUCCCAUCGACACAGCGCGUUGGCGUUAGCUCCAUUUGACUCCUUGUCCAUGACGGCUUCCGACUCGUCAGACAGUCUCGGCAGCAUCACAAUGACCAACCUGGUUUCGGACCGUCGCGCCGGUUCCAUGGGUUGGGGUGAAGACUUUCCUGCUGGCCAAGCCUCGCCAGUGCAGCCGCAUGGUUCAUUUUCUCAGCACAACCCAUCCAUGAAAGCCGCUCCUUCGUCUCCAAACUCUGCUCCAUCGCUCCUGCUCGCAGUGCAUCGCAAAAACAGCAGCCCAGCACCUGUCGCUGCCCCUUCUUCACCGAGUGCUGCUUCUCCUAGCAGUGCUGAGCGGCUGAGCGGUAAGGCCAAGGACGCUUCCGUCGCGGGAGGCUCGAGACUCAGCGUACACCGCGGCAGCUUCCUGGGUUCCCGCGCAAACAAGCAGCAAGACCGCUCUGUCGAUCGAACCAGUUUGCUGGAUAACACGGAUGAGCACAUCGAGGCAAACGACGCAGGCACCUCAUCACCGUUCGCCAUCGACCCCUUACCUGGCCACCUGGAAGAAGAAGCGCCUGGCGGUUUAGACUUUGAAGACGCUCGUGUACCUGGCGCGUUUAGUUCAAGCUUGGCCUCCUCCACGUCGGACUUGCAUCAUCACUCUUCUGGCGAGCACACCCCAUCCACUCGUGCUAGCACCGAACGCUUAAAUUACGCCCUGGACAAUCCAGACAGCUCCAACCUCAUCUCCAAACCAGAACUCAACCAACGGCGCCGCAAGCAAGCAUUGCGGGUGCUGGGUAAUCCGGAACGAGAUGGCGCUCGCUCCCAGUUGUUCUGUCCUGGGGGCUCCUGUGUCGUCAUGUAG